AUGGCACGAAAACUAAGCCACCAGAGGGUCACCUAUGUACUUCCUCUGCCAGAUGCCCCAGGCGGGCAUCGGCUGGGGGUCAAUGGCCUGACCGUUGACCGUCAGAACUCCAUCCUGUACUCCGCGGGCCGCGACGGCGUCAUCUGUUCGUGGGAUCUCGACUUCCCCCUACCUUCCUCAUUCGCCCCAACAGAACUAUCGGCCUCGAGCCAGAAGCCCAGCCCAACUGGCUUCAAGACGCAGGUGCAGGCUCACAGCCACUGGAUCAACGAUAUCGUCUUGGCACAGGAUAACUCUGCGCUUGUCUCCGCUUCGUCCGACACUACCGUGCGACUCUGGCGCCCGCAUUCCGAGUCCACUGAUGUCCCGGAGCGCAUUGGAAAACAUACGGAUUAUGUCAAGGCCUUGGCAAGUCCGGGUGGCCAUGCUACCUGGGUUGCGUCCGGUGGUCUGGAUCAUAAACUCUAUCUAUGGGAUUUGAAUGGCUGUGGAGAGAUAUUGAAUAUUGAUGCCGGCGGCGAAGAUGCUACCGAGAAAGGCUCUGUCUAUGCUCUCGGUGCUGUUUCGUCGGUCCUUGCUAGCGGUGGUCCGGAGAAUGUCGUCCGAGUAUGGGACCCCAGGUCUGGGAAACUGGUGACCAAGUUCGUUGGACAUACGGAUAACAUCCGUGAUAUCAUGGUUAAUCAAUCGGGUGAUACGAUCAUGACUGCUUCGUCAGACCAAACCAUCAAGAUUUGGUCUCUUACAGCAGGACGAUGCAUGAACACCCUGACCAUGCACAACGAUAGCGUGUGGUCUCUCUACUCAGACCACCCCGAUCUGUCAGUGUUCUAUUCCAGCGAUCGAUCCGGCUUAGUUGCGAAGACAGAUACUCGAGGCUCCCCCGAUCCCGAGCAAGGCACUUGCGUCGCCGCACUACAAGAACACGAGGGUGUUGUCAAGGUCGUCGCAGCAGGCGACUACAUCUGGACCGCCACUCCCAAAUCGAGCAUCAAUCGCUGGAGAGAUGUCGAUACCACACUUGAUAUUGAGCCGCCGCCUGAUCCUGCACCUACCAUAGAGUCCACCGCAGCGCCUGCCAAAUCGACCGAAAAGGGACCCAAGAAGAUUCCAUUCAAUGCUGCUCUUCAACUCUCGGCUACUUCAACUCUUCUUGGUAGCUCUACCCCUAAUGGGAGCACCCCAGAACCCAAUUUGGAAGCAAUCGGUUUAACAAUCCCGGUUCAUUCGUUACCCGAGGAAACAAUCGAGGGCCAGCAUGGCUUAAUCAAGUGUCUCAUGUUGAAUGACCGCAUGCACACACUCACUCAGGACUCUGCAGGAGAAGUUGUGCUUUGGGAUCUGCUGAAGUGUGUUCCGGUCAAGACAUUUGGCAAGCGUCAUAUCGAUGAUGUUGCAUCAGAAGUCAACACCACUGAGAGUAUUGCACAUUGGUGUACAAUUGAUGUACGCACUGGUCGAUUGUCGGUUAUUCUAGAGCCCAAUCGUUGUUUCGAUGCAGAAGUCUAUGCCGACUGCGCCGAUUUGACGCCAUCUGACAUGGCUGAGUUUAGAGAGGAUCAGCGAAUUAAUCUUGGCAAAUGGAUUUUGCGAUGGCUCUUUGCUCCGGUAGUGGAUGAGGAAACUCGCAGAGACAACGAGUACCGUCAAGCUGCUAUAGCCAAGGCAGAAGAAAAUGCUCGACUGAACGCCGUAAGUACAUCCGUGCCGGCGGAUGACGUCCCAGGCAGCAUUGGAAUCCCUAUUUCGAAUCCCCAUUCCACAUGGACCUUGCGUCCUAGUGCGGACUUCCCUGCCAGCCCCAGCACCGGUUUCGGAAUCAAUGUUGGCACACCCUCGUCAAAUUACUUGAGCACCUCCAUGCAGAGCAACUCUCCGUUCCCUAUGUUUGAGCCAGAUACGCCCGAUCCUUCGGGACCUACACAGUCGCACAUUGAUGGCGGACCAUCCUCCUUCUCUGAUCGGAGUGAUUACUUCUCAAAUAGACCAACGCUGCAAACCACAGAAACAUCUAUUAUGUCACCCUUACCCUCGGAAGGGGUCUCCAAUCCGGGUGUUCCUCAGUCUCCCGCAGAGCCUGACAAGGAGGAGCGCAAGAAGGGCGGAUCUCUAUUUUCAAAGAAAUUCCGAAUGGACUUCCCCAAGAAGUUGACUCGCACUUCUACUGAUACGAAGCCUCAAAUCCUCGAAGAGAAGGCCGAAGAAUCUGAGAUCUCUUCUGUCAAGGAGGAGAAGGUGUAUGAGCCCAAUCUCUGUGGUGUGAUUGAUCGGAUCCGUCAUGACUAUGAGGAAUACCUGUCUACAAAUUCCAACCUUGACCUGGAGACGGCUAUUACACCUAGUCCCGAGAGUGAAACACCCCGGUUGGAAAUUCCUUCUCGGGUUGCGGUUUUCAUUCAGGAGGAAACAGGUGAUACUGCAGUUGCUUCAGACCUCUAUCGAGGCAGCGUGGAUCGGAUUGGCGAGGAUCUUGAGAGACUCAAGAAGUCAAUUCCCCAUUGGCUUGGCGAGCUUCUUCUCAAGAAUCAAAUUCCCUUCAAGGAACAAGUCAAGAUUGCAUUCGUGUUGAAACCCUUUGAUGAUUCCCUGCCAGCAGUCGUCAAACCGGAACCACCGACCAUGAAUGGUGCACCACCCCCAAGCAACUUGAACCCUAACACCAGCGGUUCCCGAUUGAAUGCCAACCGCAUGCUCCGGGCCAAGAAGGUUCUUGCUUACGUUGCAGAGCGCAUCGACCCUGCAAACCCGGAUGACCCCGAGGAGUCUAUGAUGCCCCCGGAGGAGUAUCUCGAGCUAUACUGCCAAAAGACUCUCUGUCCACCGAACAUGACCCUUGCAACAAUCCGCACAUGCUUGUGGCGCACCUCAGGAGACAUGAUCCUCUACUACAAAGCAAACGGCAAGAAAGAAAUUCACCCGCCCCGUUCUCUAUUAGGCCUUGACGACAACCCAACUCCCGUAGGUGAAGCCAAUGGCACAAAUGGCGAUAGCCAUGCACCCCCGGGUAGCAUUCACUCAGUGACCAACUCGGGAUCUAUUGCCGGUUCCGUCGUCACCUAG